CGGGUCGGGAGAGGUGCUGACAGGGCGGGGCCGCCGCUCGCCGCCGCCGGCCUCCCCCCCUCCCGCCAGAGACAGGUGGCUGGAGCGCGCCCCGCCUCCGCCAGCUGCGGGUGGGAGCGAGGGAGGGCCAGUCUCAGACGGCCGCCGCUUGCUGCGAGCGGGAGUGAGCUAGCGCUGCUCCGGGACGGCCGGGCGAGGAGUCCGCCGGCAACCAGCUAGUACCGUGGCGGCCAAAAAAAUGCUCCUGUCCCGAGGGGCCUCCGCGGGCCCUGGAGCUCCCGGUGGCGGGCUGGCUCGGCCGGGCAGCGCCCCGCAGGCCUUGGGGAUCCGCCUGAGCACGAUGAGCCCCCGCUACCUACAGAGCAACUCCAGCAGCCACACGCGACCCUUCAGUGCCAUCGCAGAGCUGCUAGAUAAUGCUGUAGAUCCAGAUGUAUCGGCCAGGACGGUGUUUAUAGAUGUUGAGGAGGUCAAGGAUAAACCUUGUUUAACCUUUACUGAUGAUGGAUGUGGCAUGACACCUCUUAGACUGCACCGAAUGCUGAGCUUUGGCUUUACGGAUAAAGUAAUAAAGAAGAGUCAUCGUCCCAUCGGGGUCUUUGGUAAUGGUUUCAAGUCAGGUUCCAUGCGGCUAGGAAAGGAUGUUCUGGUCUUCAGCAAGAAUGGAAGUACUCUCACUGUCGGACUGCUCUCACAGACCUAUCUGGAACGGGUCCAGGCUCAAGCAGUUAUUGUACCAAUUGUUCCAUUCAACCAGCAAAACAAAAGAAUGAUUAUUACUGAGGAUUCCUUGCCCAGUUUAGAAGCCAUCUUGAACUAUUCGAUUUUCAACAGUGAAAAGGACUUGCUGGCCCAGUUUGAUGCAAUCCCAGGCAAAAAAGGCACUCGUGUUCUCAUUUGGAACAUGCGCAGAAAUAAAGAUGGGAAGUCUGAGUUGGACUUUGAUACAGAUCAGUAUGAUAUCCUGGUAUCAGACUUUGACGCAGAAGAGAAAGAGACUGGUGAUGUUGCCUCUGAGCUGCCAGAAACAGAGUAUUCUUUACGGGCAUUUUGUGGUGUUCUGUAUAUGAAACCACGAAUGAAAAUUUUUCUACGUCAAAAGAAGGUGACUACACAGUUGAUUGCCAAGAGCCUGGCCAAUGUAGGAUAUGACAUAUAUAAGCCUACCUUCACAAAUAAGCAAGUGAGAAUCACUUUUGGGUUCUCCUGCAAGAAUAGUAACCAGUUUGGAAUAAUGAUGUAUCACAACAAUCGACUCAUAAAGUGCUUUGAAAAGGUGGGAUGCCAGGUGAAGCCAACUCGUGGAGAAGGUGUAGGAGUAAUUGGAGUCAUUGAGUGCAAUUUCCUAAAGCCUGCAUACAACAAACAAGACUUUGAGUACACCAAGGAGUAUCGAUUGACAAUAAAUGCGCUUGCCCAGAAGCUCAAUGCUUAUUGGAAGGAAAAGACAUCUCAAGAGAAUUUUGAGACCUCAUACCUAGCUAGAUCAAUACCGAAGAUUCCUGACCAGACUUGGGUGCAGUGUGAUGAAUGCCUUAAAUGGAGGAAGCUUCCUGGCAAGGUGGAUCCAUCUAUACUACCUGCAAGAUGGUUUUGUUACUAUAAUUCCCACCCAAAGUACAGGAGGUGCUCUGUUCCAGAGGAACAAGAAUUCAUUGAUGAAGAGCUGUGCUUGAGCAAAGCUAAGAAACAAGAUCAAACUGUUGAGAAGAAGAUGCCUGUGGAAGAUGAAGACCAUCAGGCAUUCGGUGAUCCACCAAAGAUACCUCCUAUUCAAGAUGUGGCUGGAUUGAAAGACAAGACAGUUGGAUGUGAAAUAGUUCAUAGUCCUAGCCUACUUCGGUCUCUAGAAAGCAGAUCACCUUCUCUUCAACUGAAGCCUCUGGAUUCCAGUGGUCUUACGUUUUCCAGUAAGUACAAAUGGAUCCUAGGUGAGGAGCCUGUGGAGAAACGAAGAAGACUCCAGAAUGAGAUGACAACACCUCCUCUAGAUUAUUCCAUGUCUGGCUCUUACCUGAGGGCGGAGGCAUCUGUUGGCUACCCAGAAGGCGAGAACAGCCUUGACAAAUCCAGUUCUGAGAGAAGCACACCACCGUGCCUUUACCCAGAAUACCCAGAGGCAAGCAAGAAUACAGGUCCAAAUAGGGACGCUUCCAGUCUAUCUCCAGGGUCCCAAGACCAGCACCAGGGGUCCCUGCUUCCUGAAGAAUCAGAAGAUCAGAUGCCCAAAUUGGUAGCAGAAGAAUCAAACCGAAGUAGCACAAACGUAAACAAAGAAGAAGUGAACAAGGGACCUUUUGUAGCUGUUGUAGGUGUUGCAAAAGGUGUCAAAGAUUCAGGGGCUCCCAUUCAGUUAAUCCCUUUUAACAGAGAGGAGCUGGCUGAGAGAAGAAAAGCAGGUGAAUCCUGGAACUUAAUGCCUUAUUCUUUGGCUUCUGCCACAAUUCCUGCUGCAGCCACUAGGGAGAAAGGAAGAGGCUAUGAGGAGAGCAGACGUUGUAGUACACCAAAGACAAAGAACCAAAGAGAGCUGGAAGAAUUGAAGAGAACCACAGAAAAAUUGGAACGUGUUUUGGCUGAAAGGAAUUUGUUCCAGCAAAAGGUGGAGGAGCUGGAACAGGAGAGAAAUCACUGGCAUUCUGAAUUCAAGAAAGUUCAACAUGAAUUGGUGACCUACAGUACCCAGGAGUCAGAAGGCUUGUACUGGAGCAAGAAACACAUGGGUUAUCGUCAAGCUGAGUUCCAGAUUCUAAAAGCUGAACUGGAGAGAACCAAAGAGGAAAAGCAAGAAUUAAAAGAGAAACUGAAGGAGACAGAGACACACCUGGAAGUGUUGCAGAAGGCUCAGGUCUCCUACCGGACCCAAGAGGGAGAUGACCUAGAAAGGGCUUUGGCAAAGCUUACGCGGCUACGUAUCCACGUCAGCUAUCUCCUUACUUCUGUCCUCCCUCACUUGGAGCUUCGUGAGAUCGGGUAUGACUCAGAACAAGUGGAUGGGAUCCUGUACACGGUGCUGGAGGCAAAUCACAUACUGGACUGAGCCCCAGACUUUCUCUCUCUCUCCUUUUCUCUCUCCCUUUUUCUCUUUGUCUCUCUCUCUCUCUGUUUCUCUCUCUCUCUCUCUUUCUCUCUCUCUUCUACCCUCUUAUUUCGAUCUUCUACCUUCUCUUCUUGUUCUCCUCCUUCCCCCUUGCCUCUGUCUCUACCACUUGUAUGCCUUAUGUAAAGAAUCUUUGAAAACAUCCUGGCUUUUAAUCAAUCUGCUUCUUACUCAGUUUUGGUGUGGAGAAAGAUGUUUAAAUAUACUUUGAAGAGUCCAGGAACAGAAAAGAAAGUCAUAAAGCUAGGUGACAUAAGAGGUUUAAUUUUGAAGACCCAGAUACUUGGCCUGUUUCAUAUCCUUUCUAAGAUAGUUCAUGUUCUUAAAACAGUUGGCAGAUACUGGGUCCAAUGUACUAAGUGUUCUAGGAUAAGCUAAGAAAUAAAAGUCAUGGUUUCAGAUUGCAAGGAUGUAAUCAUCUAGUUGGAGAUAGAAGACAUAUGCUAAGUUGCUUAACUAUAUACAGGAGUAUAUGAUAUGUGCAAGUGAGUGGUACAAACCUGAUAUGGAAGAUCUGGGGGGAGGGGCAGAAGAAAAUAUGAGGGAGGAAGUUCAAGGAAGAAGUCACAAAAGAAGUGGGACCUGAACUAGGAUUUAAGGAAGAGGCAUGACCACACUGUUAAUGGCAGUGGUUAUUUAGGUUGUAGGACUGUGGUUGAUUUUUUUUUCUUCUUCCUAUCUUCCUGCCCUCUUCAAAUUUUCUAUAACAAAGUUGGUAUUCUUAUGUUGUAAAAAUAAAUUGUUUUUUUUAAAGAGCAAACAAAUUUGGAUAUCCUCUGAGAGACUUGUGAAAUUACAUGGUGAUAUUAUAAUUUAUAUUAAAUUUCACAUUACCUCUGGAAGAACAAUACAAAUACAUAAAAGUAUGGGUUAUGAAAAAAGUAUUUGUUAGAAGUGAUGGAUUAGUGUAGAUUUCCAAAGUGCCCUUGUGUAUAUGAUUACAUUGUGGCCUUGUAGGGAGAUGUAUCUGAUGCCCCCUAGAAUUAGACCUGCCUAUUCUUUGGGCUGGUAUGGGGUGAGAGAUAAGACUUCAUAGUAUCAGAAAUAAUAAAACAUACAGUCUUAUAAAAGGAUCCAUUUUAUUAAUUCAUUGCUUUAUUGUAUUUAUACAGCACACACUCUGAGUUCAAGGUACUCUUCAGAAGAUGUUGAACAAUGAACACAUAAAUUAACAGUGAAAAAUGGGAUGUAGAGGAGAAACAAUAAAAGGAACUUGGGAUCAAACAGUGACAAAAUAUUAGCUAGGCUAGCGGAAAUGUUUUGGAUUUUUAUGCUACUUUGCCUCGGCAAAGUUACUUCAGACAAUUUCCAAAUUAUUUUACCUGCUUUGAAAGUAGAUGCACAAUAGGUACUCCAGUGAGA